AAACAGGAAAUUCGUGAAAAGAUUUGGGAUUAUAUGGAAGCCCAAAAUAUAGCUGAUUUUCCAAGGCCUGUCCAUCAUAGGAUUCCUAAUUUCAAGGGUUCUUCUCAUGCUGCUGAAAGGCUUCUGCAUUUACAGGAAUUUAAAUUGUCCGGGACCGUUAAAGUAAAUCCUGAUGCUCCCCAGAAAAAUGCUCGCUUCCUUGCACUCGAUGGCAGAAAAACUUUGCUAGUUCCUACACCACGACUGAAAACAGGACUAUUUAACAAAAUUGUCCCACCACCAGGAGCAACGAAAGAAAUCUUGAGAAAAUGUGCCACUUCUCAGGGUGUAAAAAACUACAGUGUACCCAUCGGUUUGGAUUCCAGAGUCAUAGUGGAUUUGAUUGUGGUGGGAUCAGUGGCUGUUUCUGAAAAAGGAUGGAGAAUUGGGAAGGGGGAAGGAUAUGCUGACAUGGAAUAUGCAAUGAUGGUAUCCAUGGGAGCAGUCAGAGAGGAGACACCAGUAGUAACCAUUGUGCAUGACUGCCAGGUGGUUGAUGUCUCUGAAGAGUUGCUUGGUGAUCAUGAUCUAACUGUGGAUUACAUCCUCACUCCCACUAGAGUAAUUGUGACUGGCUGCACACGGCCAAAGCCACAGGGUAUCAUAUGGUCCAUGAUUAGUGAAGAGAUGAUGGGAAGAAUUCCAAUCUUAAAGAAUCUUCAUUUCCGAGAGAAGCAAGCAGGGAAAGACGUCACUUUACAAAAGGAGUACUUGGAACAUUUGAAAGCCAGUAACACACAAGCAGGCCUCUGGAAAAGUGACCAGAUAGCCUCUACCACAGUGUCAGACUUGGCUGGUUCUGUCCAUCUGGACCAUGAACCUGUGGCUUCGAAAAACGAAUCCUCCUCUAGUGUCACCACUGUUUAUGUGGGUAAUAUUCCUCAAGAUGCUCGGGUGAGUGAUAUGAAGAGAACUCUCAGGGAAUACAAUGCGGUACCUUUGAGGCUAAAUUGGCAAGGACCACAGGGCAGGGCUUUUCUUGAUUACAAGGACCAGGCCACUGCAGAAUGUGUCAUCUCCUCCUUGAAAGGCUUAAGCUUUGGUGGUAAUAAUUUGUGGGUUAAAUUAGCCAAGAAGCAAAAGAACAAAUGAUCAGAUAGUCAGUGGUGACGGAGGCUGUUUAGAAUAGGGGAAAGCAUGUCCCAUCUCAUUGCUUCAUAAAAGUUUUACUCACAUUUAAAUAGUUUUCAUCAUCUGAUGAUCAGUGGCAUUAGACAACUGGGGGUCAGAAUCUGUGACUCACUUCUUGGAGAGAUCACAUUACUACUAGGGACCUCAAACUUCAGUUUCUGGCCCUAAAAAUCACAAGCUUUGGAUGUCCCAGGAGGUUAUAGGACUUUAAUUAAUGCUUAUCUUUUUUCUAAUGACUGGAGAAUAAAGUAUUAAAAAAGCACUAUCUAAUUGGAGUUUGUUUAUUCAAGGAGACUGAAAAUUACUUAAUUCAAGAGAAGAAAAUUCACCUUAAAUCUGAAAUCAAAAGCAUGUUAAAGAGGUUAAGGAGAGCAAGAGGCAGAGAAAUGGGGAAACAAAUGGUGCUAAAUAGCAGAUUUUGCAAACUCGCCUUAUAAGGGGAACAG